CACAUUACACAUUACUUCCUUAUACGACCUUCAUACAGGCUUAUUGAAAUUAGCAUUUAUUAUGUUGAAAUAAGCAAAGGGAAAGAGAAGAAGUGUGAUCCUCUUUUCUCUUGUCAUACUUGAUGACACUACAGACGAAAUGGAAAUAUCUGUGAUACGCUUCAUCAUCCUGGGAGUCAUCUCAGGUUUAACCAAAGGGGCUGGUGUGUUGCCAGCUGGUCCUCUAAAUGCAGCUGUGGGAGGCACAGUAAUGUUCACCACAACACUGACUCCAACAGAAAAUCCAUUUUUAACAAUCCUCUGGAAUGUUGAUGAUAGACCUAUAAUCACUUCAUUAAGUAGUAAAAACCAAACUGCACCAGAGUAUGAAGGCAGGAUAACCCUCUUCACCUCUACUGGAUCUCUAGAGCUCAGGAAUCUGACUCUUAGUGACAGUGGAGAAUACAGAGUUUCCAUUACACCACAGGCAGCAAUAGGCAUGAGUGGGAGCAUCAGACUGGAGGUUCUCGAGCCAGUCUCCAAUGUGGUGGUAACUGUCAGUAACACAGACUUGGUGGAAUUCAAAGACUCUGUCCGUCUGUCCUGCUCCUCCUCUGGAUCCUCUCUCUCUUUCCUCUGGUUGAACAGCAGCUCUGAGGUUACAGCCAGUGACAGAGUUCAGCUCACUGAUGGAGGCUCCACUCUCACUAUAGUCAGUGUGACCCGCUAUGACCAGGGACCAUUCAGGUGUCAUGUGUCCAACCCUGGAAGCUCUGCCACCAGUGGGUCAAUACUCCUCUCCAUCAGCUAUGGUCCAGAAAAUGUUAAACUCAUAAUAUCUCCACCACAAGAACACCAUGUGGAAGGAUCAAACAUCGCCAUGUCCUGCUCAGCUGACUCCAGACCUGCUGCUCUGUUUUACUGGUUUCUGAAUGGAGACAAUCUGUCUGAUACUGGACCAGAGCUCACACUGAUGAACAUUCAGAUAAGUUUAACCAAAGGGGCUGAUGUGUUGCCAGCUGGUCCUCUGAUUGAAGCUGUGGGACGCAGGAUGAUGUUCAAGACAACACUGACUCCAACAGAAAAUCCAUUUACAUCAAUCACCUGGAAUGUUAAUGGUAGUAAUAUAAUCAACUCAUCAAGUGUUGGAAACGUCACUGCACCAUGGUAUGAAGGCAGGAUAACCCUCUUCACCUCUACUGGAUCUCUAGAGGUCAGGAAGCUGGCUCUUAAUGACAGUGGAGAAUACAGAGUUACCAUUACACCACAGGGAGCACCAGAAAUUACUGGAAGCAUCAGACUGGAGGUUAUCAAGCGAAACUUCAAACCAGUGGUAACUGUCAGUAACACAGACUUGGUGGAGUUCAACAGCUCUGUCCGUCUGUCCUGCUCCUCCUCUGGACUCCCUUUCUCAUUCUACUGGUUGAACGACAGCUUGAAGGUUACAGCCAGUGACAGAGUUCAGCUCACGGAUGAUGGAAACUCCACUCUUACUAUAGUCAAUGUGACCCGCUAUGACCGGGGACCACUCACGUGUCGUGGGUACAAACCUGUAAGCACUCACACCGGUAGGCUAGUGUACCUCUCCAUCAGCUAUGGUCCAGAAAAUAUUAAACUCGUAAUGCAUCCACCACAAGAACACCAUGAGGAAGGAUCAAACGUCUACAUGUCCUGCGUAGUUAACUCCAAACCUGAUGCCCUGUUUUACUGGUUUCUGAAUGGAGACAAGCUGUCUCAUACUGAACUUGAGCUCAAACUGAUGAACAUUCAGAUGAGUCAGAGUGGAAACUACAGCUGUCAGGCCUUCAAUGAAAAAACUCUGAGAUAUGAAACAUCUCAGUCUUCAGUUGUGUCUGUACUGGCCAUCCCAGAAAAAACAUCAAUCUGUUCAGCUGGCUGCAUCGCUGGAAUAGUAAUUGCAUGUUUGGUCAUCUGUGGAGCGGCUGCUGGUGGAGGGUACUACAUUUAUAGAAAAAAGUAAGUGGAAAAUAACUUUAGAGAGGGACACAACACAUCGUCUCCUUCGCCAUCGUAAUGUGAAGGAGAAACUACAAUUGUGAAACACAAAUAAAUUCAAGUGGCACUAUCUUGCACAAGUGUUUAGUUUGUCUGUUCUG